CCAAAGCCCCAUUCAAAGAGGCCCCUUAUGUCUAUAUAGCUUUGAGGCCUACCUCUUCCCUCAGAGAAGCAGAGGAAAGGAGGUAGAGGCAAGAGCAAGCAAUGGUUAGGAAAGGGAAUCCCAUCCUUGGGAGGGCAUGGGACCUCAUAGCCCUCUCCAUCUCUCCCAUGGCCAGGAUGAAGAAACCCCUCAGCCGAAAGCUCCUCCUCUUCAAAAGGUCUAAAAGAUUCAAGCUCCUCAAGCACUACAACUAUGCCUUCAUUGGAGAAUACGAGUACUCCCCUUCCAGCACACCUCUCUUUCGCCACCCUCGCAGUCCCUUGAAGAAGAAGAGCUGCUUCUUAUCUCUUCUCUGUGGUGGGGAUGGCACUGACACCAUUGGUGAAGGAGGCAUUGGAGAUGCAUGGGAGAUAUUGCCAGCAUGUGUUGAUGGAUCUGAUUCUAAACGGGAGCCAUCCGAACUCUCAGAAUCAGGGGAAGAGGAUGAUUCAUCAUCUGUUGAUGAGAAAGCAGAGAAGUUCAUAGAGAGGUUCUACCAGGAGAUGAGGAUUCAGAGGGAGGAGUCUAUGAUGCAGUACAUGGAGAUGCUUAGUAGGAGUUCUUAGAGUUUUGGCCAUUUUGGAUUUUUUCCCCUUUUCUUUUCACUACAUUUUGGUUCUUUUCCUUUUCUCUGCAGGUGGUUUUUUAGUAUGUUUGGCUGCAGAGAAGUUUCAGAUCUCUGUUUUCUGAGUUGUUUAAAUUGUUUUGCCUUUGUUUUUCUCUUAAUUGCGAGUGCUGAUUAGAUUGUGAAAUAUUGUAAGUAGAUGUGAGUAGACAGUGUUAUGCAUGCCCUUGAACUCA